AUGGUGACAAGUGGAAAUGACAAACACACUGUGGACUUGCACAACAAAGGUGAACGGUCCCUACCUCUUGAUCUGAACCCUCAAGCUGGUACUGUUGGGGUAGCUGAUCGUGGGGAAGGCUUAAACAAUAAAACCCAGACAGUGAAUACUUGUUGCACUGCGAGAUCCACUAACAGUGUGGUGGACAUUGUGACCCUUUCCAAGGCUAUGGCUAUUGCCAUUAGCAGAUGUCAGCCCAUGCAUCUCCCUGUGCUUGUGAACUGGUUUGUGGAAUUAGCAUCAACAUACAGAAAACUUCAGGGCAAACCACAACAGAGACCAGUGUCUCAAGCACUGGCUUCUCAUCUCACCUGGGCCUCUGCCAAAGUUGUAAAAUCUGGUGCAGAUGCUCCAGGUGUAGCCCUUUUAGCCAAUGCUGUAGCUGUUACAAUGGGGCCAAAGAGAAGAACAGUAAUUAUUGAACAGAAUUGGGAAAGUCCCAAAGCAACAAAAGAUGGGGUCACUGUUGUAAAGUCAAUUGGUGUAAAAGAUAAAUACAAAACUAUCAGAGCUAAACUUGUUCAGGAUGUUGCCAAUAACACAGACGAACAGGCUGGAGAUGGCACCACCACUGCCACUGUUCCGGCACAGUCUGUUGCCGAGGAGGGCUUUGAGAAGAUCAGCAAAGGGGAAAUCCAGAGAGGUGUGAUGCUGGCUGUUGAGGCUGUAAUUGUUGAACUUAAGAAAUAAUCUAAACCCAUGACAACCCCUGAAGAAAUUGCUUGGGUUGUUACGAUUUCUGCAAAUGGAGACAAAGACUUUGACAACAUCAGUUCUGAUGCAAUGAAAAGAGUUGGAAGAAAGGGCGUCAUCACAGUGAAGGAUGGAAAAACCCUGAAAGAUCAGAAGAUACGUAGAGAAAUUAUUAAAAGAGCACUUAAAAUUCCUGCAAUGAUAAUUGUGAAGAGUGCAGGUCUUGAAGGGUCUUUGAUAGUUGAGAAAAUUCUGCAGAGUUCCUCAGAAGGUGGUUAUGACACCAUACUUGGAGAUUUUGUGAACAUGGUAGAAAAGGGAAUCAUUAAUCCCAAAAGGAUUGUAAGAGCUGCUUUCCUGAAUGCUGCUGGGGUGGCCCCCUUGCUAACUACACUAGAAGCUGUAGUGACAUAA